GAAAAUUGAAAUGGAUUGAAAUUGAAAUGAAUUCCGACAUAACGAAAUACAUAAAUGACUGUAUGCGGUUUUCUUGACAAAUAAGGAAUCAUCCAUCAUAAGUUAAAAAAGACUAGUUUGGUCGCUUAUUGGUCAAAGUUUUGUUACUGUUUUAAACUGACAAAAUACGACUAUUCGUUCAGUGACAAAUGUAAGGAAUACUAGUUGUUCCAAAAAGUGAUGGUUGUUUGUUGCUGCCUCCGAGUAGAAGAGCAAUGGCGAAGCGAAAGAAGGCUGCGACAAGGACUGUCGCGACGAGGCGCACUAGUCGGCGCGGGAAACAGACGAGUAGUGUCGCGCCUACUGAGGGCGAGCCCUCUGCGUCCGUCGAAGCCACAGCCGAAAAUAACGAGCCUCCGUCUCCUCAGCCCAGUACCUCUGAGCUCCAGUCAGGAUCCAAUGAUGACCACAAUAUCUCAGAAUCACAACCAUCAGAGAUACAGGAGACAACCUCUAAACCCAACCCUGUUCCAAUCAUUUCAUUGCACAAGAAGUUUGGCAAAUACAGAUGUUUGUUCAAUAGUGAUGAUGCAUUUCUUAGAAAAUAUGAAAUUGGGAGUGAUAGUGAAACCAACAGUAGUAUGGAAAUUAGAAUAGUUGACCCAUGUGCCAGCUCUGAGUCUGAUUCAAAUGCUGCAAUAGAUACACAAUCAGAUACAAACAGUGUUGUUUGUAUCAGUCCAAUGAACAGUGUUACAAAUGUAGUGCAGUGUAGCUCAAGAGAUAUAUCACCUUUGACUGUAACACAUCAAGCCUCUGAAAAUCAUGAACGAGAGUUGGAUGAGCAAAAAAAUAGGGAUCUGGAGUCUCCUUCAAUAUUAGAUGAUAAUUCUCAAAUCACUGAUGAUUUUGAUGAAAAGAUUGAGAUCACAAGGAAAGAAAGCCCUGUGAUGAUUGAAACAGAUGCUCUUUCAAAAGAAGCAAUUUCAUCUAAAAAUCAAGAUUUAUGUCCACAAUAUAAUGAAACUGAUCAUAGUAUUCUUCUGGAGGAUGACCAAGCGGACUACAAUUGUGAUGAUGAGGAAAUUAUAACAGUUGUACAAAUAGUUGAAGAUGACAAUCCAGAACUUUACUAUGACAUCAAAAUAGAUAGCCCAAAAGUUAAUGCAGGACAAUUCGAACAAGAGCAAAGUAAAAAGUCUCAAGAGAUAGAUUUUCAGAGACAUUUUCAGAAUUUAAAAUUGAAUUCAAUUGCUGAAUCCACCUCUCCAAUGGAAUGUUCAGAAAUUAUUGAUAUUACAACACCAUGUGGCACUCCAGAUCUCCAAACACCCAAAGACAGUUUGAAUGAUCUGUUAAUAAGACCAGAUCCUAGUUUGACACCUAGUUCAACUCUAUCAGACGAUAGUAAUUGUUCUCGGGCAGAUCACAUUCAAAACAACUCUAAUGAUUCAGCUGAGUCAUCACCAACAGGGGUACGCAGGUCGAAUCGUAUAAAAACAAUAAGUAAUCUCAAACAAAAAACUAAAGGUUAUGGUCUAGUAAAGACCCCACUGAAAAAGGCUCUGAUAACUCAAACAAAGUUAAAAUUAGAAGAAAUUGGAUCUGACAGUCAGGAGAAAUUUAGUGAUCAGGGUAACACAGCUCCAAAUUCUCCUUCGUUUCCAGUUCCAUCAGAGAUGCCUGUAAAAGUAAAGUCUAGGUGGAGGCGGUCUAGUGAGUUAGAAAUGGGAACAAACUCUCCUGCUAGCUCACCAUUAGCUAGUCCAGGUCUGCCCCAACGUAUGCCGGCUGUGAAUGAAGGGAAUGAAAGUGAAGAGCAGGAGUCUGUAGCUCUAAGUAAAGAAGCAUAUGAUAAAAUAAUCGAAGACAGAAUGAAUCAGUACCAGCAUUUAGAUGAGAAUGAGUAUUUAUGUGAAAGGAUGAUUAGUAAGGAAACUAAGAAAAUGAUCUGUGACUGUUUCAUGACCAAAGAAGAGUUAGAACGCGGUGAACUAGCAUGCGGUGAAGAUUGUCUUAAUAGACUACUUAUGAUUGAAUGUAACUCCAGAUGUCCUGUAGGAGAUCGUUGUACAAAUAGAAGGUUCCAGAAGAGAGAGAAUGCUGCUAUAAAAGUUUUCUAUGCGGACAAAAAAGGCUGUGGAGUUGAAGCUAAUGUGGACAUACCAACGGGUGAAUUUCUGAUGGAAUAUGUAGGGGAAGUUCUAGAUUAUGAACAAUUCUACAAACGCGCUCAAGCAUAUUCGGAUGAAAAUAAUCUCCAUCACUACUUCAUGUCUCUAAAAGGUGAUACGGUAAUAGAUGCUACGAUGAAGGGGAAUAUAUCAAGAUUUAUCAAUCACUCGUGUGAUCCUAAUGCUGAGACACAGAAGUGGACUGUGAACGGGGAGCUGAGAAUUGGGUUCUUCAGUAAAAGAGAUAUUGUAGUCGGAGAGGAGAUCACAUUUGAUUACCAGUUCCAGAGGUUUGGGAAGGUCGCUCAGCGCUGUUAUUGCGGCACCGACAACUGUCGCGGCUGGAUCGGUGGCGAGCCUGACUCUGACGACGAAUAUGAUGACGAGGAGGAGGAAGAUGUGUCCACGUCAAAGUCUAGUACGUCUGAAGGGGCGCAGUCCGAGUCGACGAGCGCGGAGCAGCCGCUGCCGAAGCCUCGUAAGCCGAAACGUGACCGCAAAUAUAAACCUAAGCCGCCCGAACUUGAACAGGACGCUGACAUUGAAGAAGAUUUAGAAGCAUUAAAUCGCACUGGCGUGAAGAAUCAAUCGCAUACGUUGCGGCUUUCUCGUACAGUUGUCCGUGCCAAAGGAAGAAAAGCGCAGAUAGCUUUACUAAGACUGCUGAGAGACGCAGAUCUGCCGUGUCGAAGACUAUUCUUAGACUACAGGGGUCUGAGAUUAUUGGCGCCUUGGUGUACUGAUGCUCCGUUAGACUUCAAAUUGGAAAUGCUGCAGACAGUAGAUCGGUUGCCAAUCCCGAACAAGACACUGGUUCAAGAAAGCCGUUUCUUUAUAAUUGUGGAGCGUUGGUUGAGUACGGCGGACACUCUACCAGAUAACAAUGUAUUCAUUGAUGAAGCCACCGGUUUGCCCAUUGACUUACCAAAUGGACCAAAUCCAGAAUCUGCUGUGAGUCCAGACAAGAUAAAGGAAAAUACGAAUAUUAUCGAAAAAAUAAAGGAUCUAUCGAGCCAAUUGCUUGAACGAUGGUCCAGUUUAAAGGAAGUUUUCAAAAUACCUAAGAAAGAGCGAAUACAACAAAUGAAAGAACAUGAACGUCAAGCCAAUGUAGAACGACGUGCUGCUGACUCGAGCGGUUCCAGAGAUAGGGAUAGAGAAAGAGAUAGAAGAGAAGAGAGAGAUAGGGAAAGAGAAAAGGAAAGGGAACGCGAUAGAGAAAGGGAAAGAGAACGAGAACGUGACAGAGAACGUGAACGGGAAAAGGAGAAAGAGAGAGAAAGAGACAGACAUAGGGAGAGAGAAAGAGACCGUGACAGGGAUAGAGAUAGAGAUGACAGGGAUAGAAGAAAAAGAAGAGUUAGUCCCGAGGGAAGGAGAAGUAUUCGUUUAAGUGAAAGAGUACUGGCGGCCGUGCCUCCCAUGUCGAAGGAGGAACGCAGACGGGCGUUCGCGGAGGCGGCCGCCGCGGCCGAGGAGACGCGCCGGCAGCGAGAGCAGCGCCCGCCAUGGCCCGGCUACUGGCCCCACGAACAGUUCUCGCCGCAGAUGUUUCCCGGUGGAAUGAUGGGCAAUGGGAACAUGAUGGGCGGCAUGAUGCCGAACAUGCCGGCCAACAUGUUGGGCUGCGUGCCUGACCUCCCUCAGGACUGGAUGCAGCAGCACGAGUUUCCACCGCCGGGCUUCUGUCCCCCCUUCCCGCCUGCUCAGCCCUUCUGUAUGCCGCAAGCUAAUAUGAUGGGUAUGAGCGGCUUCGGUGUUGGCGGCUUCAUGUACGGACAGCAGAUGGCGCCGUUCCCGCAGCCACAAGAACCGCCGCUACCGAGCGCGCCGGUGCCCGCGGCGCCGCCCCCCGCGCCCCGCCCGCCGACGCUGAGCGACACGGGCGAGGUGCUGCUGCCGUCGCAGUGGCGCAGCACGGUGGACCCGCGCGGCCGCACCUACUACUACCACGUCAAGCUGCGCCAGCCGCAGUGGUACCCGCCGCCGCUGCCGCCCUCGCCGCCGCCCGCAGAGGACAGUUCAUCGGACGAAGAGGAGCAAUUGAACAGCUCUUUAGACAGUCCGUUGGUGAGGCGACAUGCUAAAGGGAAACUUGUUGAAGGAGUUAAUGGUAUAUAUGAAGUAAUCAAAGAAGACGCUCAGAAUGGUUUGAUACCGGAGCACGCACUUCUUCACAUGAGGCCAAGGAAACGAAGAGUUGGAUUAGUUUCAGAAAGACCUAUAAGUCCUCGUACGGAAGAGGACAAAUUAGCAGGAAAAUUAGAAAUCAAACGAUAUAAACAGACUAAAGAGAAACUUCGAAGACGUCGUGAGAAAUUACUGCAGAAGGUAAUGCUGGCUUCCGGGAAACUCAAACUCAGACCUGGACAAGCAAAAUUACCCCUGUUAGACUUAUCCGAGAUAGACAGCGGGAGUGAAUCGGAUUCGGACGAGGCGGAGAAGUUGUGCUCCGGGUCGGUGAGCGUGCCUCCCGCUGUCCCCGCGCCCCCCGCCCCCGCCCCCGCGGCCGUGAGCGCGGAGACGUCGCGGCGCAUCAAGGAGCAGUUCCGCAGCGCGAUGGCGGGCGUCAUGGUGCAGCACCUCAACCCGUACCGCCACUCGGACGCGCCGGCCGGCAGGAUCACGUGCACGGCUGACUUUAAACACCUCGCCAGAAAGUUAACACACUUCGUAAUGUUGAAAGAACUGAAACAUUGCCGCUCCGUCGAGGAACUUGUCGUCACCGAUUCUGUACGAUCUAAAGCGAAGACUUUCGUCAAAAAAUACAUGGCCAAGUUCGGUCCGGUGUACAAACGGCCACCCGAGGAAGCAGACUAGGUACGUCACUGCACAGAUUAGGGCAUAACAAUUAGUACACGUCAGUGUCAUGUGACAGCAAACGUCACAUCGUUCGACACAUCCCGCCAGUGCUCGGUGUGAAUCUACUGUUUUAACUUCAUUCGAAUUGUGAGAUUGAAAACUAGACUUAUAAUUAUUUUGAACAAAGAAAAUUGAUUGAAGAAUUUUCCAAUGGAUGAUGAUAGCCUUUUUGUAAAUUUUGCCUUCGUUUAAAAUAGAAUGAAGCAGAUGAAAAUAUUGUUUUGUAAUGAUUCAAUGUGAAAGAUAAAAGAUCCUUCGUAUAUAUGACAUGUAAGAGUUAUUAGGUGCAAAUCAAAGUCGAUGUAAAAAAGUUAGUUAGUUCAAUUCACUCAAACGAAAUCAUUUGAAAUGAAGUUACGUUUUCAUAUCGACACCGUCACAAGAUGGAGUCAAGGUUUACAUAUAAUUAAAAAUAAACAGCCAUCACAUUUUGUAAAUUUUUAAUUUAUUGGCAAGUUUCAAUGCCGAAAUUUCCUAGUUUGCAUUUAAGCAAAAGCCACUGCUUACAGUCAAUUAAUAAGUGAAUAUAGUUGUGCAAAAAAUCUACAAUUCAUUAUGAAUGCUGAAAUUUAGAUUGUGAACACAUAGUGAGAGGAUACUAUGGAUGGUUUGAUAAUAAAAUAGUGCCUUUGUAUAUUAAUAGAGUUGGUUUCUAUAGUCCUGUCAUAAAUGACCACAGUCAUUGGAAUGGUGUGCAGUAUUUUAAACUUGUCUUUGCAUAACUGUAUUCACGUAAGAAUUAAAACUAUAUUCAUAUAAGAGAAGAAUAGAAGUCUUCUUCUAGUGUUUUAUAGCAUUUGGCUAAUAGAAUAAGAGUUAAUAGUAAAUUUAAACAGAGUACAUUAUCAUUUCAAUUAGCAAUAACUUUGUAAUGAAGGCUAUAAUUAUUUUGAUGUAAUAAGAAAAUUAAAUGGAUGUGUGUUGCAUGUUGAUUGAAGUCUGUUACAGCUUGAUGAUGCAACCUCAAUGAGGUUCAGUGCAGUUUUAGACUAGUUUAUGUGAAUAGCUUUAUCGAGACCAGAACCUCGCACAUGUGUAUGGAAACACAUAAUUUGUUCAAAAUAUUGGCGUUUUGUUUUUAUUCGGUAUAGAAUAAUUGCAUCCAUUAUUGAAAAUCUUUUGUUUAUUGUAAAAAAAUGUAAGUAAUUUGCUGUCUUAACUUAAAUUGUGUUUAGUCAAAUGAAUGCGUGACAAAAAUAAUUUAGAAGCCAGUCUUUUCAUUUUUAGUCUUUUAUCUAAUAAAU